AUGUUCCGUUUCGUGUUCGCUGCCGCCCUGCUUGUGGCCACCGUUGCUGCUGGACCGCUCGAUCGGGCCUACUCGCACCAGCAAAACCCGGACGCUCACGCCCAGAUCGUGUCGUACGAGAAUGUGCUGAAGGACGACGGUCACUACAACUGGAGCUAUGAGACGAGCAACGGUAUCGCCGCCCACGAGGAAGGUCUGGGAGCUCACAGUGCCAACGGAGCUUUCUCGUACACCGGACCCGAUGGUGUUCAGUACCGUAUCGUGUACGUAGCCGACGAGAACGGAUUCCAGCCACAGGGCGCUCAUCUGCCGACGCCACCACCGACCCCCGAGCACGUGUUCAAGACGCUCGAGCAGAUCCGUGCCAACCCACCCAAGGACCAGAAGGACUUCAGUCUGGAGGCGCUCGAUGCCACCAUCGCUCGGCUGCGACAGUACUAA